AUGACCGAACCUCCUAAAACAGAAAUUCUCGGAGUUCGAGAAUAUUCAGCUGUUAUUAUGCUACCAUUAUUAAUUGUUGGCAUCGUUGGUAAUUCGUUUUCAAUAUUUGUUUAUAGCAGAAAAUUUAUGCGAAGAAAUGCAGUCGGUUUUCUCUUAUUGUGUUUAUCAAUAACUGAUUUCAUUGUGUUGGUAACAAGUGUUCCAUUAUUCUCCUAUUAUAAAUUUCCAUACAUGUAAGUUCAAUUUUCUUUGACAAACUUUUUUGUUGUUAUAAAUAUCAUCUGCAAAAGAACAACAAUUGAAUAUUUUCGCCGAAUAAAAACUGGUUGAACAUACAGAGUUCACACAUCAUAAUAGACAUUAAUCUCAAUACAUUUCAUUUUUGACCAGUAUUGAAUUUGAAAAUAAUUGCAUGACAUCAUUCAUAAUUGUUGUUUGUAGAUGACUCAUAUUUAUUCGAAAAUUAUAUGGUUUCAAUUUUUAUAGACCUGGAAAAAAUGUAGCUGGUUCAUGGCACAGUCGAAUUUGUGCAUUUUCAGUUGUCUAUAUUUAUCCAAUCGGUUCUUGUGCAAAAAUGAUCAGUCAAUAUAUAAUAAUUAUAGUUUCAAUUGAAAGAUGGUUUGCAGUUUGUAGACCUUUACAAGUUCAUAUUUGGUGUACAAUUGAAAUCGCAUUGAAACAGUUGAUAAUUACUAUUUUGAUUUCAAUGUGCUUCAAUUUUCCUCGAUUUUUCGAAUAUAGUGCUGAUCUUGACAAAGGCGUCGUCAAUGCUCGAUUAGGUCAUUCACAAUUGAGCAAGUUAGUUGGAAUUAACUUUUUUGGAAUAUACUUCAACAUUUUCAGAAAGUAUUUCAUUAUUUUCUACGGAUUCAAAUCAGUCGUUUUUGACACUGUUUUACCAUUCAUUGCUUUGACAGUUACAAAUUUCAUGGUUAUUCGACAAUUGAAAAAAUCUAGUGAGCAACGAAAAACAAUGACAACUCAGGUACAUUAUUGAAACCAACAUAAAAACAUCGAACCUGCUUUAUAGGAACAAAAAGAAGCAAAAACUACAUUAAUGUUGUUAGUUAUGAUAUUGUUAUAUGGGGCAACUCAUUUGUUAAAUACCAUAAUCAAACUUGCAAACAUAAUUUUUCAAAGAUAUGGCCAACAUGGCUCUCAUGUUAUGUUAUAUCUUCACCAUGUUUCAAAUAUUCUCCUGGUCGCUUAUACAACUGCAACUUUUUUCAUAUACUUAAUUUUUUCAAUUAAAUAUCGUCAAAUUAUUUGUGCAAUUUUCACAUGCCGGUCAGUUUCUCGAGAAGCAAUUAUGUGUAAUUUUUUUCUCAUUUCAGAAGCAUCGAAGAACUAAAUUCAACUUCGAAUAAUGUUCAUCGACAAUCGAAUGCAACAACAAAAAGUUUGAAAGUUUAA